AUGACUUGUUUGACACCUGCUAUUUUAGAUAUAGAUAGCUCAUCUUUUAACAAAAGUAAUCCAAUCAGAUUGAAUUAUGGAUUUGUAAUGGAUAAUGUUGCUUAUGUACAAAAUAUCUCCGUGAACACUUCCCACAAUAAAUUUAAAAAGCUCAUGUUGUACCCUAAUCCAACAUUUAAAUCAUCUAAUGAAGAAAUCAAGACUUCUUUUAUAGGUAAUGAUGAAAUUCUCAUUAUUGAGGGGGAAAAUUUGAAUUUGGCGUGUAGAGAAACAGAAAUUAAUGUAACAGUUGGUAAUCGCAGUUGUGUAGUAAAACUUUUAACAGCACAAGGAUUCAAUUGUUAUCUACCACCACCAAAUCGCUUAAACAAAUCAGAUGAAAUUGGUGAUGAGUCUCUAAACGUCACUGUACAUAUUGGACCAAGGUUUCAGGUGGUUGUUGGGAAGUACAAUGUGAAAUCCCCACGGAAGCCGAUAAUUGUUGAUGAGUACAAUGCAAAAUCCUCAUGGGAUUCGAUGUCUUAUAUUUUAUGCGGUGGUGGUAUAAUAGUAUUGAUUAUAAUAAUCUCAAUCAUAAUCACAUUCACAUGUAAAAAGCUUUCUAAAAAAUCACGAGACUUGAAAAAAGUGUACAAACGUCUAAAUGAAUUGGAACUAGGAGUAGCCAAAGAGUGUAAAGCAGCGUUUACCGAUUUACAAACCGAGAUAACCGAUCUUACAACAAAUUUCAAAUCAGAAAGAAAACUACCAUUUGUUGACUAUCAUACCUACGUGAUGAAUAAUAUUUUCCCAGGUGUCAAAGACCACAGCAUUAUACUGACCGAAACAUCCGAGAUAUUAGACAAAGAACAAGGGUUAAAAUUGUUCAACCAAUUACUUCUCAAUAAAACUUUUCUACUGCUGUUUGUUCAAACGCUUGAAAAGCACGCAGAUUUUUCCAUGAAUGAACGAACUGAGGUUGCCUCUAUGAUAAUGAUAACUUUACAAAAUGACAUGCAAUACUGCACCAAUAUCCUCAAAACAUUGAUUAGUCAGCUGAUUGAAAAAUAUGUCAGAGGUAAUAAUGAUCCCAAACUUUUGUUUCGACAAGGUGUCGGUAUUGUUGAAAAAAUGCUUUCCAUUUGGUUCAGUUUCCUACUUCACGAAUUUCUCAAAUCGAAUGCCGGAGAGCCAUUGUAUAGAUUAUUUUGUGCCAUAAGACAACAUGUGAAUAAAGGUCCCAUUGAUGCUGUAACAUCCAAUGCCAGACACUCCCUCAGUGAAGAUAAAAUAAUUCGACAAGAUUUCGGUGAUUUCAAAACGAUGACCAUUCAUGUAAGUGUUCUCCUAAAAACUGCUCUAUCGACUGGUUUGAAAUCAAUAGUUAUAGAAGAACCGGUCAAGGUACUGGAUUGCGACACGAUAUCUCAAGUAAAAGAAAAAGCCAUCGAUGUGAUUUAUGCCGACAUCCCUUAUAGCCAACGCCCAGCGUCAUCAUCAACAGAAAUAGAAUGGAUAGAUGAUAACAUGUUCACACAGCGCUUAUCUGAUUACGAUUCUACUUCAAAAAUAGAACACGAAUGGAGACGACUGAAUACUUUGCAUCAUUAUGAAAUUCCUGAUUUCAGCAAAUUCAUUUUAAGUUCGGCUAAAAUCAUAAGUAUCAGCAAUGCAUCCACACUGCGGGUUAAUAAAGUCGAGACACAAGGUAUGACGAGAACAAUGAAAUCAAUAAAAAAGAAAAUCGUCAACUCUUUAACAGCACCUAAUACGCGACCUAAUGAAACAAAUCACAAAACAUGGCACCUGGUUAAACCUGAAGAUCACUGUGAAAUCAAUUGUAACAGCACUAAAAAAGAUACUGGAGGUGAUAAACUGGUUUCUGAGGUCUAUCUAACCAGACUAUUAGCGACUAAAAGCAUUUUGCAGAAAUUUGUCGAUGAUUUAUUUGAGACUAUAUUCGAUGCGAAGCGUGAAGAAAAGGGGCCCCCAUUGGCUAUAAAGUAUUUAUUUGAUUUCUUGGACAAUCAAGCAUCGCUUCAUGGUGUAACUGAUCCUGAUGUCGUACAUGCUUGGAAAAAUAACUGUUUACCUUUAAGAUAUUGGGUGAACUUGAUCAAAAAUCCGGAUUUCAUAUUUGACAUAUAUAAAUCAAAUGUGGUCGAUUCGUGUCUUAGUGUGAUUGCUCAAGCAUUCAUGGAUUCUUGCUCAACUUCAGAUAUUCUUUUGAGCAGAAAUUCGCCAGCUUCCAAGUUACUUUAUGCUAAAGAUAUUCCUGUAAAUAGGAAACGAGUCAAACAAUAUUACUCGGAUAUCAAAAGUUUACCAGUUGUACACGAGAAUGACAUGAAUGCCAUGUUGAAUGAAGAAUCGCAUCUACAUGAAUGUGAAUUCAAUACGAACGCUUCUUUGUAUGCAUUGUACAAUUAUGCCGUCAAGUAUAAUAGCCAAUUAAUGAUUUCUCUGAAUGAAGAUGAAUUUGCACAGAAACAUAAGCUCAUGCAACAGUUGAUAGAAGUUCAUAGCUUGAUGGCACCUGACCUCAACUAGUCAAUUUCAUUAUUAUUGGCUCCAUUUCUGGGGGCAAAACUAUAUGAAGAGUGAUAUUCCAAAACUCGCUUUGUCCAUUUUUAUCGAAGUUGGGUUUUCAGCAGUAUGUGGUAGAUGAAGUAUUAACUCACAUUCCUACAUCAUCAACCUACCAAAAUGAGGUGUUAAACUCACCUAAAUGGCCAAUUCACUAAAAAAUUAAAAAAAAAUAAUGUUCCAAAACGCGCUUUGCCCAUUUUUAUUGAAAUUUUUUUCAGCAGUAUUUAGUGGAUGAAGUGUAUACCUACACUCCUACAUCACAAAUCCACCCAAAUAAAGUGCUAAACUCGCCUAAAAAUCCAAUUUACCCGUUUAAAGGGAAACUGUUUUUCCUCUCUCCUGAAAAGUUGUGAAAAUGGACAAAGCGAGUUUUGGAAUAUCACUCUUCAUAUACUUAGAGGUUUAUUGAGAGCGGGAGAGGUUCGACUGAAAAUUUUCCGAAUGAUAUAGGGAAAAAUAUCAAUUUUUCCGAUUGAUAGAUAUCAUAUUCAUAUGACUUACAAAAAUUUUCAUUUUCUGUUUUGGAUUUUUGAAAACUAAUUGUCCUGAGUGAAGCAAGGGCAAAAGUUUUUAAAAAUUUGGUUUCGAGAAGCCUAAAAACUUUUUUUUCAGGAAGUUGAUUUUGAAAAAAAAUAGGUCAGGCCUGAGUGAAGCGAGGGAGAAAAGAGAAAACUUGUGAAAAUUUGUAUUUUGAGAGAACUGAAAACGAUGUUUUUCAUGCAAAGAGUUUAUUUUGUGGCUUUCAAAAUUUUAGAAUUCGAAUGAAAAAUAAAAGAGAACUGGUCCAAGUGAGAGCGAAAACUGUUGAAGAUUGAGACCCGUUUUCAACCCCCACCCUCGUUGCAUAGAGUCGGAGAAUC